AUGCGAACAGCCAAAACCAGGUACGCGGAACUCCUUGAAGUUGUAGCUGAAAAGGAAAAGCAACUUACCGCCUUGCGUGUGGAACGGCGUGCAAAGCAGUCAACAGUCGAUCAGUUGACUCGCCAUGUGGAGGAAAUCACUGUGAGCAGCAGAGAAAUUCAGAAAUUAUCAAACGAAGCAGAGGCUCAAAUCAGUCUGAUGAAGACUGAAAGUGCAAAUGCCAAGAAACAGAGUGAGACAUUAAGGGAUGAAAUUGUUCUACUCAAGAAGGAGUUUGAGGCGUGUAACGACCGUUUAUUGCAUGACAUCGAGUCCAUACCCAGAAUGAUGUCGGAAAAGAAACAACAAUUAGAAGAAGUGGAGAAUGAGAUUCAUCGAAUAUUUCAAGUUCGAAAUAGCGCAAUGGAUCAAAUCACGGGAUUUAACAAAUUCCAGCCUUUGUUGGAUCAAUUGAAAGAAGUUUUGGGAGAAACUGAAGAAUGGAUGAAGAAGCACACUAAUAUCCAUCAGACGGAAAAAGAAAAAUUGAAUGAGCUGGAACAGAUCAAACGGAAGUUCGAAGAAGUACAAUCAGAGAAGAAUGAGUUAACACAUGCAUUGAUGGACUUGCAAAGUGAAUUGAUGCGCUGUCAGUUACUGUUAGCUAACAAGAAGAAGGCCAUCCAAGCAAACGAGAAGUCCACAAUGGAAGAGAUAGAAGCUUUCAAUUCGGACGCUCGGAAAGUUCAACAGCGCAUCAAGCAACUGCAACAGCAAUGUGAUGUUUACGAAGAUCAACUGAAAUUGGAGCAAGAAGGAAUUAAGGAAAUGUCAAUGCGAAUAAAGCAAGCCGACCGAUUGGGACGCCAAUUACUGGAAUUACGCAAAGAACUAUCCGAAUCACAAUAA